AUGCCGGGCUUCCUCGUGCCUCCGUGGUAUCACGACGAUGGACCCAGCGACGCCUCCGUCCGGCUCGCGCUGCUGACUAUUGGCUUCUUCACGGCCGUGACGUGCUUCACCCUCGUCAAGCUCAUGUACCAGACCUAUUGGUUUUGGGCACGGUCGCUCAGGCCAAACGAGUACCUCGUCAUGGUGUGGGGGGUUUGGAUCGUCUCCAUCGUCAGCGUCGUUGUCAUGUGGCUGUUCCUUUCCGGAAAGAUCGAGACGAGCUUUUGGUUGUUCUUUGGGCUAGUCUCUGCAAUAACUAUUCAAGUCCAACUAAACGUCAACAUCCUGAUACACAUACUCAAGUUCCUCAUCCCCUGCCCUCGCCGAGCCGCUAGGAUCAAGUGGACUGUCGUCGGGACGCAGAUGCUCAUGCUCAUGUCCAUCUACGUCAUCUGGAUACCAGCCCAGCUGCAGGUGAACAACACCUUCUUGACCCUGGACGGGAUUUGGAUCAAGAUCAUGUCGAUUGAGUGCCUGUUCGUGAACGGGAUGCUGGGUGGCUACCUAGCCCUCUUGGCCAAGCGGAGACGCGACACGGCAAAAGGCUUGAAUUACUGGGCCGACUGCUUUUGGAAAAUCCUGGCCUUGGUUUCCAUCUUGACGCUGACGGAUCCCACCAUGCACAUGGUCAAAGUCUUCACCGUCAUGACCAUCUCCGAGGUACUGUGCAAGAUCCUCUACCCCAGCGACAGCAGCGCGGCGGCGUAUGGGAUCUGCGAGGACCUCGACAUGAACGUGACGUGGGAUGAUCCGGAACCCGGCGGCAGCUUCGGCUCGGAACCGGUCUCUUCGUUCAACAGCUUAGGCUCCUCCGGCGGCGGCGGCGGCAGCUCGGGAGGACAGCAGCAGCAACCGCUGCCUGCCAACUGGACCCCCGACAUGAACUGGUGGCCGUGGACGACGUUCCGCACCACCGUCACGAGCGAUCACACCCACGCCGAGAACCAGCCCUGGACCGGGAUACAAAAGACGGUCGAGACCGACGUCCGGCACGAGUGGGUCGUGCUGCACCACCGGGAGAGGGGAGGAUCGCCGUCGCUGAGCAUCAGGCCGAAGCCACCCUCGUCUGGCCACACGGCGAGGAGUAGUGCUGGCUUGCGAAAGCCGGGCGGCAUAUGA